AUGGGUAAAAAAUCAAAGAAAGGUCAAACAGGAGGUGAUAUAUGGGAUGAUGAAGAAUUAAAUCAGGAUCAACCACAAGCUGAAGAAUUUGGAGUUACUGAAUCCGAAGAAAUUACUGAAUCACAACCAGAACAAGGUUCAGUCGAAGAGGUAUCAAAUGAUUUUUUAAGUUCAAUUCUUCAAAAUAAACAAAAGAAAGCACAAAAAGAAGAAGAAGCAAAAACUAAUAAUGGAGGCCCGAAAAUAUUGUCCAAAAAGGAAAAGGAAAAAUUAAAGAAAGAAGCUGAAAAGCAAAAGAAGAAAGAAGCUGCUCAAAAGAAGAAAGAACAACAAAAUAAUAAAAAAGAACAAAUAAAAGAAGCUAAUAAACAAAAUGCUCAAGCUCAAGCGUCAUCAUCUACAUCUGCAACUCCUGAACCAGAAGAACCAAAAGAAGAAGUUAAAAAGCAACCUGCUAAAAAAGGUAAAAAAGCGCCUGCCGGUUUAGCAGCACUUAAAAAACAAUUAGAAUUGAAAAAACAAAUGGAAGAAGAACAAAAAAGAUUAGAAGAAGAAGAAGAGAAUAAAAGAUUAGAAGAAGAAAGAUUAGCUGCGGAAGAAGAAGCUAGAAAAGAAGCUCAAAGAGCUGCAAAGAAAGAGAGAGAAAGAGCUAAGAAGGAACAAUUAAAAGCUGAAGGUAAAUUAUUAACCAAAAAACAAAAAGAAGAAAAGAAAUUACAAGAAAGACGUAGACAACAAUUAUUACAAGGUAAUGUUACAGUUGCAGGUUUAAAUAAGACAGAUUCUGAAAAACCUAAAAAAGUUGUAUAUACUAAAAAGAAAUCAACUAAACCAAAAACAUUUACACAGAAACCACAAGUAACUCAAAAGAAAGAACAAGAAGAUGAUGAAGAUGAAUCAUUGAUUGACGAUUGGGAAAAAAUGGCAUUAGGAGAUGAUGAACCAGCUAUAGAAGAAUGGGAUGCUCCAGAAGAGGAAGAACAAGAAGACGAAGAAGACGAUGAAGAAGAAGAACAAGAUACAUCAGCUAAAGAAGAAGAAGAAAUAAGACAAAGAGAAGCUGAAAUAGCUGCCAAAAAAGCACAAGAAGAAGCGGAAGCAAAAGCUGAAGCAAAAGCAAAAGCAAAAGCUGAAGCUGAAAGAAAAGCACAAGUUUCCAAAAAACAAGAUACUCCUAUUGAAAAGGAUUUACGUUCUCCAAUUUGUUGUAUUUUAGGUCAUGUUGAUACUGGUAAAACUAAAUUAUUAGAUAAAAUACGUCAAACUAAUGUUCAAGGUGGUGAAGCUGGUGGUAUUACCCAACAAAUUGGUGCUACAUAUUUCCCAGUUGGUGCAAUUAAACAAAAAACAGCUGUUAUGGCAAAAUAUGAAAAACAAACCUUUGAUGUUCCAGGUUUAUUAAUUAUAGAUACUCCAGGGCACGAAUCUUUUUCCAACUUAAGAUCAAGAGGUUCUUCAUUAUGUAAUAUUGCUAUUUUAGUCAUUGAUAUUAUGCAUGGUUUAGAACAACAAACAUUGGAAUCUAUAAGGUUAUUAAGAGAUAGAAAAGCACCAUUCAUUGUAGCAUUAAAUAAAAUUGAUAGAUUAUAUGAUUGGAAAGCAACUCCAAAUAAUUCAUUUAGAGAUUCUUUCUAUCAACAAACAAAAUCAGUUCAACAAGAAUUUUAUAAUAGAUAUGAUCAAAUUAAAUUGGCACUUGCUGAACAAGGUUUAAAUUCAGAAUUAUAUUUUCAAAAUAAAAAUAUGGCAAAAUAUGUUUCUAUAGUACCUACAUCAGCAGUUACUGGUGAAGGUGUACCUGAUUUAUUAUGGUUAUUAUUAGAAUUAACACAAAAGAGAAUGUCAAAACAAUUGAUGUAUUUAUCAAAAAUUGAAGCUACAGUUUUAGAGGUUAAAGUUGUUGAAGGUUUUGGUUAUACAAUUGAUGUUAUAUUAUCAAAUGGUAUAUUGAAAGAAGGUGAUAGAGUAGUAUUAUGUGGGUUAAAUGGUCCAAUAGCAACAAAUAUAAGAGCCUUAUUAACACCACCACCAUCAAGAGAAUUAAGAAUUAAAUCUGAAUAUAUGCAUCAUAAAGAAGUUAAAGCCGCUUUGGGGGUUAAAAUUGCUGCAAAUGAUUUAGAAAAAGCUGUUGCAGGUUCCAGAUUAUUAGUUGUUGGUGAAGAUGAUGAUGAAGAAGAACUAAUGGAUGAAGUCAUGGAUGAUUUAACUGGUUUAUUAGAUUCUGUUGAUACUUCAGGUAAAGGUGUUGUUGUACAAGCAUCAACAUUAGGUUCAUUAGAAGCUUUAUUAGAUUUCUUAAAAGAUAUGAAAAUUCCAGUUAUGUCAAUUGGUUUAGGUCCAGUUUUUAAAAGAGAUGUUAUGAAAGCUUCAACAAUGUUGGAAAAAGCACCUGAAUUAGCAGUUAUGUUAUGUUUUGAUGUUAAAGUUGAUAAAGAAGCACAACAAUAUGCUGAUGAACAAAACAUAAAAAUUUUUAAUGCUGAAAUUAUUUAUCAUUUAUUUGAUGCUUUUACUGCUUAUCAAGCAAAAUUAAUGGAAGAAAGAAGAAAAGAAUUUAUGGAAUAUGCUGUUUUACCAUGUGUUUUAAAAACUAUACAAAUUAUUAAUAAAAGAAAUCCAAUGAUUAUUGGUGUUGAUGUUGUUGAAGGUGCUGUAAGAAUUGGUACACCAAUUUGUGCUGUACGUAAAGAUCCAACUACCGGUCAACCAAAUAUUUUAGUACUUGGUAAAGUUACAUCUUUGGAAGUUAAUCAUAAACCAUUGGAUAUUGUUAAAAAGGGUCAAACUGCUGCAGGUGUUGCAAUGAGAUUAGAAAAUCCAUCAAGCGCACAACCAACUUGGGGUCGUCAUGUUGAUGAAACUGAUAAUUUAUAUUCAUUAAUAAGUAGAAGAUCAAUUGAUACAUUAAAAGAUUCAGCAUUUAGAGAUACUGUAUCAAGAGAUGAUUGGUUAUUAAUCAAGAAGUUGAAACCAGUGUUUGAUAUUCAAUAG